AUGCAACUGCGAUUGAUUUUUGAGCUUCUGGUAGUGGCAGUAGUCGUAGCUGCUUUAAGUGAAGCUGCUACAGAGACUUUUCGAGGUGACAGUUGGUUGGGACCGGAGUUUAUGGUGGUUCGGAAGGUUUAUGGAGAUUGUCAGGAUAAGAACGAUUUUGUGGCAUGUCUGAAGGAGAAGGCACUUGUUGCGCUUACAAGAGCUUUGGAACAGAAUUCAAUACAGAUUGUCGAAGGAUUGGUGCUGGAAAAAACAAAUUCUACUGAUAAGGAGAGUAUAAUGGGACUGGCCGAUGCAAGAACGCUAAAUAGUUUAUCAGAACUCGAUAGAUCACUUUUGGAGAAGACUGAUCAGUUUCUGAGAACACACGUUAUGAAGAUGGAUAUGAGUCAAGGUCGAGGUCAUAAAGAGAAAAAUCAUUCCAAAAAGGGUGGUGGGCAUGUUAAGUACGUUAUUGCUGCCCUGUUAACUGCAAUGGGAAUUGCUGGGCCUAUUGGACUAAAGGCUCUUGCUGCGAUCGCCAUCAAAGCCUUGGUCAUAAGUAAGGUUGCCUUGACAAUUGCUAGUAUAAUUGCUCUGAAGAAACUCUUCUCGCACGAUCAUCAGGAAGAGACUAGCUUCCAAGUUCAUGCCGGAGAACAUAAUCGGCGAAACGGAUAUGUAGUUCGACCAAUGGCGAAACCUACUAAUACUGCGACUGCUCCUGCGGGAGUUGACCCAUACAGAUAUUAUUACGAGUAUCACUAA